GUUCCUGGGUGGAACUCCACUUCAGCAGUAAUGGAAAUGGCAGUGGAAACACCGUCGCUCCAAUGAGCCAAGAACAAGUACCAGCCUCUAUUUCCAUUCACAAUGGUGACAUGGAAAAAAUACUCCUUGAUGCUCAACAUGAAUCUGGGAGAAGCAGUUCAAGGGAAAGUUCACAUUGCGACAGCCCUCCUCGUUCCCAGACACCUCAGGACAGUCACAGAGCUUUGGAAAUAGAGAGUCACAGCAGUGGAGAAAAGAAUAGCUUUCAGUCUGAAGAAGAUUUUCUUGAAAGGAGGAGAGAAGUAGAAAGGCUGCUGAAGAAGAAUGCUGACUGGAUAUGGGAUUGGUCCAGCAGGCCGGAGAACAUCCCACCUAAGGAAUUCCUUUUUAAACAUCCCAGGCGCACAGCUACUCUCAGCAUGAGAAAUACCAGUGUAAUGAAGAAAGGGGGUAUAUUCUCAGCAGAAUUUUUGAAGGUUUUUCUUCCAUCUCUGCUUCUUUCUCAUUUGCUUGCCAUUGGACUAGGGGUUUACAUUGGAAGACGCCUUACGACCACAGCUGCAAGCAGUACGUUUUAA